CUUAUUGGAAAUGCCGCGAAUUUGAAAUAUGCGCCAAUUGAUUGAUAACUUUAAAAGAAAUUCCAAUUAGUUUUCUUUUACUUUGAUCCACCGAUGGCAACGUUGUAAAUGCACACGUAUUUGUGGAUCGGCGAUGAUAAUUUUCAAUGUACAUCCUUCAUUUUGUUUGAUCAAUAAUCAUCAUGAAGCGCUCCAAUUCCUAGCGAUUUCAAACAAUUCCUAUAUACCAAUAACAUAACUACUUUAGCUAAGCAGCAACAAGGCAACGAAAAUAUCAGUCCUAAAAAAAUCAAGUAAUCUAAGAAUUUCUAAUAAUAAGAUGAGGGGCAAUGAGCAAGGAUCACCGAGGGGUCAUCGCAGCAGAAGCUGCAGCCGCAGCAUGUCAAAAAGUAGCAGAGGCAGUAAGAAGAGUGGCCAGAGAUCGAGCUACACAAAGUCUCGAUCCAGGUCCAGAUCUAGGAGCAGUAGUCAAGAGUUUGAUGGAUACAGAUUGCACAUUGCUGAUAUUGGGGAGAAUAUAAGGAAGUCCGAUUUGGAGAAGCUCUUUUCUAGUUAUGGCACAUUGAGGGAGAUUUGGAUGACGAACAGCACUCCCUGCUUCGGGUUUGCUGUUUAUAAAGAUAAAAAGGAUGCUGCCACUGCUCUCACAGAAACUGACGGUGUGGAGGUCGCCGGAAGCAGGAUAAGAGUUUCGUAUGCGAAACCUAGGACCAGAGGAUCUGGUCGUCGGUUCUUUAAUCCGAAUAUGCGAUGCUACCAAUGCGGAUAUACGGGACAUUUUUAUAGAGAUUGUCCAGAUAUGAAUGGUGGCGGUGAUAAGAGAGGCGGCGGAUCACGUUACGACUCACACUCGGAUCGCAAUAGUAGCAGACGGCGCGAAAGGGAAAGGGAUUACCACCACGAACGUGACCACAGCAGUAGACGUCACCGUUCGUCGAGAAGACACGAAGACUACGGAAGCAGUCGUAGCAGUCGUCGUAACCGUUAUUAACGUAUCAUGAUGCUGUAGUCUUAGAUUUCUUUUCAGAGAUAUUUCUUCUGUUCUUUUUUUGUUUCCUUUUAAAUAGUUAUUUUUUUUUUGUUUAGACGUGUGUAACGAGUGAGAUUUUCACAUUAAAAAAAUAAUAAAGUUGCUCUAAAA